CGAAAUGAUGAACCCACACUUCUACCGUUUCUUUACUUAAAUACUGUAUAAUCUCAAAUGAAUAAUUAAAACUCACAAAACUCGAAUGUUAACAUUUUAAUUAGAAAAGUCUUGAGUUUUUCAUUUGAACCAGCCUUUGAAGGAUAACAAAAAAUUUAAGUAACCCUCAAGUUUUUGAGGUGUUCACCCAUUAGAGAGAGAGAGAGAGAGAGAGAGAGAGGUCAGUUUAGGAAUUAGGACAGUGGUCACUAGCAGAAAAAUUUUCACCAGAUAGCACGCCAAGUAAGAUGGGAACAACGGACGCGCCUGGUCUAACAACAGCGUCCCUCCGGAAAGCAAACGCAAACCUGCUCCCUCUCUCUCUCGACCGGAGAGAGGAAUGGGACAAUACCAAAUUCACAGUUGACUCACCAUGCCAUUGAUAUCGGUCAACACCCUCGUCAUCGCUGUAAUGUUCGGCUUCGCUGUCUUAAUCCUCUUCUUCUCGGGCUUCCUCGGAUUCCCAACCGUGUCUCCUUCGAUCCCAUCCGUGUCUCCUUCGAUCCCAUCCAUUGGCGAUUCGAGAUUGGCCGCCGAUCGCACGCCAGACCCUUUCACGAACUCGUUGAGCGCUUUCAGGAGAUGGGACGCUCAAGUGGGUUGUUCUCGGUUUAAAGAGAAGCACAAGGGGUUGUUCUCAAAUUGGUCUUCGACAUCUUCUUUGCAAGAUGUAGAUGCCAAAUUGGACUGCAGUGCGUUAAAGAUGGAUCAUGUUAGUGUUUUGGUUAAAGGGUGGACAUGGCUUCCCGACAAUUUGGAUAACUUGUAUCCAUGCCGAUGCGGGUUGAGCUGUUUGUGGACAAAAUCGUCGGUUCUCGCUGAUAAGCCUGACGUGUUGUUGUUUGAAACCACAACACCUCCAUUCCUGUGGGUUUCUCGUGUUUGUCAGAGACGCAAUGGAGAUCCACUUCGUGUGUACAUGGAUCUUGAAGCUGGCCGAAAGCGAUCCGGUGUUGAGGAUAUCUUUAUUAGCUAUCAUGCCAAGGAUGAUGUCCAAGCGACUUAUGCUGGUGCACUCUUCCAUAAUAAUCGAAAUUAUUAUGUUUCUUCUUAUAAGAACAAUGAAACACUUGUAUAUUGGUCUUCAUCACGGUGUCUUCCUCAAAGAAAUCGGCUCGCCAAGAGUCUCCUGAAUUUGCUUCCACACCAUUCAUUUGGCAAGUGCUUAAACAAUGUUGGUGGCCUGAAUAUGGCUCUUUCUCUAUACCCUCACUGCGCAAAAGAUGCCGAAGCAGCCCCAAAAUGGUGGGACCAUUUGCACUGUGCCAUGUCUCAUUACAAGUUUGUCCUUGCAAUUGAGAACACUGUCACAGAGAGUUAUGUAACAGAGAAGCUAUUUUAUGCUUUAGACUCUGGUGCAGUUCCCAUCUAUUUCGGUGCCCCAAAUGUUGGGGAAUUUGCCCCUCCUCAUUCAAUAAUAGAUGGGACUAAAUUUGGCUCCAUAGAGGAAUUGGCCUCAUAUGUUAAGGCCGUUGCUAAUGAUCCUGUAGCCUAUGCAGAGUACCAUGCAUGGAGGAGAUGUGGUGUUCUGGGUAACUAUGGGAAGGCCCGCGCUGCAAGCCUCGACACGUUGCCCUGCAGGUUGUGUGAAGCUGUGAGCAGAAAAGGAGGGAGAAAUGCAAAAGCCUUGUGACAUUUUGCUCCUGUUAAUUGGAUGGAUUUUUUGUAAGGUGAGAGGCAAAAUUAAGAAUGAUAUGUUGUAUAAAGAGGAGCAGAGAGAGAUUAUGCAGUUAUAAAUUGUGAAUUUCAACCUGGUUUUGAAUGAAAAAAAAAAAAAAAAACCUGGUUUUGAAUCAUUAGACCAUGAGAUGAAAGAUGUCUGAAUCCUAUACUUAGCUGAACAAGUUAGAACAAAUUCUCGGGAGGAAAAGUAUCAUUUUUUCAGGCUUGUGUAAGUUUUUCUUUUUUUAAUCAAACAUUAUAUCCCUAAUAACGUUUACCAUUUUAAUGCAUCCAAGUUAAUUAUGUACAA